AUGGAUGCGAAGAUUUUAUCAUAUUAUCAAACUGAACGCGGUGGUCACGUUGAAAUUUCGGAAAUCAGGGCAUCAAAGUUGUACUGGAAAGGAGCUGAAGAAACCUUUAAAAAGAUUUUGGAACUUGAAAAGGGUAUUACUGAUGACUUGAACAAACUCGACGAUACCGCUGAUAAAAGUGGUGACAGAGCAGCAUCAAGCUUUAUCGAAAACCACUUAUUGGCGAAACAAGUUUGUCGUGUCAAGACUAUUGCGGAUUUGCUUAGCCAAAUUAAACGUGUUGGUGGAGAAGGUACCGGUUUGUUCCAACUUGAUUUGGAAUUGAGAAAAAAUCACGGAAUUCCUCCUUGGGAAAAACACUAUAAUUACGGACGCGAUUAUUUCGAAAGCGAAAGUGAACGCGAACGUUUUGCUACUGUUCACGAACGUUUUGCCAAUAAUUUGAAAAUUAGAAAUUGA